UUUUGAAGGGCACAAGGACAGAAGCACCCCACGAAAUGUUGCUGCUUCAGUGUUCCCAGGAGCUGCUGACCCUCUACAAAUCCUUGUCUGGGAGCAUCCCUGAAUCCCUGAAGGUGUAUGGCUCCUUGUAUUACAUCAACCACGGAAAUCCCUUCAACAUGGAGGUGCUGGUGGGGUCCUGGCCAGAGUAUCAGACAGUCAUUAUCAGACCUCAGAAACAGCUGGGCACACAGACCAGGGGGGAGAUGACUGAGGACACGGAUCCAUAUACCAAUGUGUACAGUAUAUUCUCCAAAGAGCCUCAAGAAUUACAGGAAGUCCUGAAACAUUGUGGGGUCAUUAAGUAGAAACAGAUGCUCCAGAUCCAAGGACGACAAGAAAACUUGGGGGAGGGGAUAAAAGCCAUUGCAUUUUCAAAGUCAGAUCCCAACUUUAAGUUUUCCCAACUGGAUGUCUCUUGUUCUACACUGGUAGAUGACAGCUGGGACAUAGGACAGAAUGAGAAGAGCCUACAUUACAUCCAGCACUGCAUACAAACCUUGAUAGCAUUCUGUCUGCAAGGCCCAGAAGGGGGCCCAGUCACCUGGGUCACCAUGGACCCCAGUUGUGAAGUGGGAAUGGCCUACAUACAUAGAUAGAGAAGCAACGGCAAACUGAGACCGCUGUUGGGAUAUUUCACAAAAUAUAUACAUCAGAAGAAUAUUCCAUUCUACCUCUCUGUGCUGGGAGACAAUGAAAAAUCCUGCAGAUCUCUGGAGAGGUCUGGUUUCUCUGUGGCCUCAUGUGGGUGCCACCAAUGGAUCUGCUCCCCAGGGAAAUAA